AUGGAUUUCAUCAAGACCAGUUCCCUGCGUGCUCUGAUUGAGUUAACUUUCCAACGCAACUGGAACGGCCUCAUUUGGAUGAGUAGAAAAGGAGUUACAACCAAAAGAGUGAAGACUGUCCAGACGGCUCUAUCGAGAAUCAGCGCCCAACCGCGCAGUCCGGCUGGCCGAGGAACGAAUGUUCACGCUCGGCCAAAUCACAUCCGUCCGUCUGAAGUCUCGGCCAAAGUCCAAAACUCGGCCGAUCACGCAUCACGACCCGGGAAACAUGUCCCGCGGUCGGCCACGCCACAACCGCUCACGCCAAGCCGCGCACGACCAUGCCGCGCGAGCCGGGAACAAGCCUCGCGGCCGCGCAACCUCUCGCGUACCACGGCCGAUGCGCCGUCCGAGCCGGGAACUACGUCCCGCGUCCGGCCGAAAUCAUCGGCCAAACUUCAUCCGUCCGACCACAGCGGCCGACCACGAAUCCGUCCGGCCACGACCGUUCCGAUCGUACGCGGCCAUGACCCGAUCAUCCGGCCGAUCGUCCCGACCGACCGUCCAACGCCGCGGUCGACCCGAAGCCCGUUUUGA